AUGAGGUUAUUUUCGCUGUUAUCCAUAACGUUCCUGAUUGGAUUUUGUUAUUGCACUCCUCCAAAUUCAAAAGGAGAUGGUGAUAAAGCUACGCAGCAAGCUGUUCAGCCUGCUUCUGUAGCUGAUCUAAAGUCCAAGGCAGACUCCACUCUCUUUGAUGUAGAAGAGGCAGAAGAAGGCAAACUUCCAGUUUUAAGGUUGACUGCCAAGACUGGGGUCACUGCGGGAAGACUUGUGUUUGAUGGACAGACACUUUGGACAUGUCAAGGUCCCAAUGAUGCAUGUUUGUCAGCCAUCUUAUACUUUGGAGAAAGCGGACCCAUAGCUGCUACAUACAGCGUUAAGGGAAGAAAGGUAUUCGAAGGCUAUCGUAAAUUUGUAGAUGGAAAAUGGACUUCAGUAAAUAAGGAUGGUUUUAACAAGCUACUCGAAGAACUCAAAAAAGACUUAGGAGAUGCUAAAAAGUCUGAUGAGGAUGGAAAACCUGUAGAAUCUCCCGAAACUCCCAAGGAGGAAGUCUCUACAGAAGCCACCAAGGAUGGGUCUAGCACUAGUCAGUCUACUCCAAUUACUCAGUCAACUGAGCCUAAGGAGGAAGAAUAUACACCCGUUGUUGCUGGACUAAAGACUGUUGAACUCGAUGUCGCUGAUGUAGACGGCAAUGUCUUUGUGGUUGAGGAAUCAUUUUCCGGAGGAGUACCUCUCAAGACAGUGACUCCAAGGGAUGGUCAUCAUAUAUCCUCUGUUAUGGAUGGAGAGAAGGAAUUAUGGAAGGGUCUGGAUAAGGAGCAUGGUCAAAAGGUAAUGAUCUACUAUGAUGGAGAGUCUCCUGCAUCAGUAAUUGUAAACUUUGUAAAGGCUGAUGGAGCAAAACCUUGGAGAUAUCAUAAUUUGAAGGAGAACAAGUGGAAUGUGGUAAAGAAAGAAGACCAUGAGAAACGAUUGGAGGAGCUAAAGAAGAAAGCUUCAGAGAACGUCCCUUCUCCUUCCGGGGUGAUUGAUAUCUCAGCGUUAGACAAAGGGCGGUUUCAACCCUAUGAGUAUGACGGUGUUCCAACAAAAAUGAUGGUUAUUGGAGAUGUCCCACUAACAAAGCUUGUUGACGGUCAAGAGGAACUAUGGAGUAGCAGUGAAGACGAAAAGUGUACUUAUUGUACACUCCACAUGAGGGAUGAGAAGCCAGUUCUUGUCUAUCUUGAAACAGAAGGCUCAUCUGGGAAGCCAUAUUCGAUAUUUUUAAGGGAUGGCGCCACAUGGAAGCCUACAAAUAGUUACAGCAUGGAACUAAAGAAGCUCAAAAUAACUCCACGAUCAACCACAAACUUUACUCUUGAUAUUUCUACUAGACAAGACACAGACCAGUGCACAGUAUUUGAAGCUCCAUUUUACACUGUACCCACCAGAUUCUACUUUCCGAGGUCUGGCUUUCAUGCUACCGAUGUUGCUCAUGAAAGAAAGUCUAUAUGGAAAGGUGGGAACGGUGAGAGAGCAUUUUCUGUGAGUCUUCACCCAGCUGAAAAUCCGACUGUACUGCGCAUUUUUGCCAGAGAUAUCAAUGAUGUAUUCGAGAGCUACUACUACCAACUCAAUGGGAAUAAAUGGGAGUCGGUAAAAGGGGACGAUUUUAGGAGAAUCAUAAACAACUUAAAAUCGCACUAA